AUGUCUAAUCAUGAGACCGGAAACUCUAGAACACCUAAGAGACAGACUUCCACGAACAGAAAACCUUACCAGGAUAAUGGACAAAGUGUGGGUGGCUGCGGCUUGGGCGGCAACAGGCUAGAUAGAUUCAUACCGCAGCAGACGUCGAAAAGAGCUUAUAGAUCCUCGCCCUCUCUGAAAAAGUUUGACAUUAGAGAAUUAGAGCUUUCUGCCAAAUCACCAUCCCCAGAACGCUUGUCUUCUCCGGAAUUCUUUAGUAAUUUAAGGACUACCGGUCAUUAUGAAGCAAUUAACAGAUAUGCCGCUGAUGAUUCAGAAACUACAACGCCAAACACGAGCGUUACAGGGACUGCAAACAAUACAUCUAUUUCCAGUGUGAAAUUAUCUUUCGAUCAAAAGAGACAUAGGGAAUUUAUUGCAGAUUGUUUGGGAUUUCAAAGUCCGGAAAGGGUUCUAAUGUUCCAUUCUUCUCAUGGCGACGGCAAAGACGGAAGCUGUAAAUCAGAUGACAAGAUAAUUGGAGACUCUAGUAAAAAUAGAGCUCUUGCUAUGAUGAACCAACACCAUCAUUAUUUAAGGGUUGAUCCUAUGGCAUCAGCAUUGCCGCCAAGCAGAGCGAUUCAUUAUCUGGGAACUACAGCUUUUUCAAAAAUGACUCAAAGUCUUUCGUUUGUAUCAGAUCAAGAGCAAGACAGGCCAUCCAAGAGGGUUAAAUCUCAGAUCCCUUACCGAGUACUGGAUGCACCAAGUUUGAGAAAUGAUUUUUAUUCUAAUUUGAUUUCCUGGUCAAAAACCACUAACCAUAUAAUGGUUGGUCUUGGUUGCUCUGUCUAUAUUUGGUCUGAUUCUUUAGGAGCUGUGCCUGUGUUAAAUCAUGAUUAUUUAGGUGCUAAAAAUGAUAUAGUUACUUGCGUUUCAUUUUGUCCUACAACGAGUCAUUUUGUUGUAGGUACAAAACAGGGGCGUGUACUGUUAUUCGACCAGAAGAUAUGUCUUGAAGCCUAUCAAGCUGGAAAUAUGACAAUUAAACCGCUGUACGAGUACCAAACAGAUACAUUGAGAGGAAUAAGUUGUAUUGAGUGGUCUGAAAAAAGUUCAGUAUUGAAAUUUUUGGUUGGAGAAGAAAGUGGAACAGUUAUUUGCCUGGCCAUGAAUGAUUCAUCGCGACCACCAACAUUACCUAAAAAGAAUUUAAGGAAUUCUUCGUCAAUUGAAGAUGAUGAGUGGAUGUCAAGAGAAUUUUCACCAAGAUUACAUCAUCACGACUCAUACUCGCAACCCGGAAAUUCUUUGUACAACUUGCAAUGUGUUUUCAAAUUCCAGGCACAGUCACAACAGAUUUGCGGCAUUUCAUUAAAAGAAGAUGACGAAUUAUUAGCAAUUGGUGGUAAUGACAACUCUUGUACACUUUGGGAUAUAUCGCUAGUCCGAUCACCCAAGCUGCGUUUUGUUUUACCUCAUGGUGCAGCAGUUAAAGCUAUCACAUUUUGUCCAUGGUCCAAAUCUCUACUAGCCACAGGUGCUGGUAGUAAAGACAGAAAAAUCAGAUUUUGGCAUACCAAGACGGGUACCCUUCUGGACGAAAUUCAAACUAAUGGACAAAUAACCUCUCUUAUAUGGUCAACAAGGUAUAAACAAAUUGUGGCCACUUUUGGUUUUGGUGAUGUGGAUGAUCCAAUAUUGGUGACGUUGUACUCCUAUCCCAAGCUUAUCCCACUGCAGCAAGUUCGUUCACCAACACCAUUGAGAGUAUUAAGCGCAGUCCCAUCCCCAGAUAUGACGUCGAUUUGUGUUGCCGCUAAUGACGAAACCAUAAGAUUCUAUGAGCUAUGGAGUGACAAAGAAGAUGUCAUUAGUGAAGCACAAGAGAGCGGAAUAUACGGAUCUAAUAUCAUCGACUAUGUGGAAGGCAUAGGCGGGUCUCAUUGCGAAACCAUAAGGUGA